AUGCGGGGGAUGAACGGUAGCAUGGAGCAGUCGCCGCCGCAGAAUAUCAUGCCGGGGCUGCACCGUGCACCAGUAGACCCCGGCUCGUUGCCGCCCGAGUACUGGAACAACUUCGAGCCUCUGUAUACGAGUCCCGACCCCCCACAUCAACAUCAACAUCCCCCCCAGCCACAACUUCAGCAGAUCCAACCGGCACCGCAGCAACAGCAACAUGCGCCUUCCCUGGGGAUAAAUUGGGAUCAUCCGGUUUUCAGUCAAUCCACUCAAUCGCGGAGUCCGCUACCCACCCCGCAAGAGCAGAGUCAUGGCAUCUACUCGACAACAACCCCUCAAUCUUGGCGAUCAAAUCCUCUUCAGUCCCAGCAGAUGAUUCAUCCGGCGCAGCAUACGUUCGCCAUAAAUCCCCAGUAUCGCCAAGCUCAGUUUUCUCCCGCGCAACCCGCAUAUGAUUCCCAGCCAAUCCCCUCCUCCGACAACUCGCAUUAUCAGUCAUUCUUCCCCCGAGCUUACUAUCAGCCUCAAAAUCUCUCUGUCCCAGAUGUCUUCCCUCAAACGCAUUCUCCUCGACCCGCGCAGGCACAGGCACAGCCAGCACAAUUCCGGUCUGACUCACACCAGCACCAACUCCCUCAAUAUACGCUCCCGGCGGGCUAUCCGGAGGGAACUACGCAUGUUCCGAUUAAUUACGCUGGCGGAUAUGCUCAACCGCCUCCGACUGUAUCGGAUCAGACCAUUAACCCGCAAUUCUUGAAUUCCUCGCAGCAGGCUGCUAACCAACAAGCGCCCCUUCAUAAUAAUCUUCUUUACAUGAACCCAGCCGACUUUGAACGCCCUGAGGAUCCAAAGCUGUACACUUUUUAUCGGGAUGACCUGCAAGUCCCGCCAGUUUUGGGCCAGGGCCAGGCCCAGCCAAUCGCGCGUAACCAGCCCAUCGCUCCGGCCACCAAAUAUGAGUUCAUCAUGCCAAUGAAUGGUCAAACCCCAAUCACUGCUGCCACAGCAAUGAAAGCGACCAAACCCAAGAAGCAACCCAGCGUGAAGAAACAGUCACAGAAGCAGUCGAAGAAAGCCACGAUGAAAGGAGGCAGCAAAAAGCUGGACGGGAAAUCUGCGUCGUCGAGUUCUGAGACAGAUAGCUCUGAUGACUCAGACCUCGAGAUUCAGGAGCCUGAAGAGCCUUCUCCCAUCCCACCCACUCGUCCUACUGAACCCGAGGCUGCUGCCCAAUAUGACGCGAUGAAGGCUGUGUGGUCUCCACAUAAUAGACGGCCAAAUGUUGACAAGGUCAAGAGUGCACUGGUUGCGUUCAAAGACGUUGUCAAGACCGUAAGAGACGCGUGGAAAGAAAGCACUCAAGCCAUGAAGGUCGCGGAAAACAAGGGUGAUAAUGACAAAGCAGCGCAGCUCAAGAAGGAUGUCGUUCUUCAACGGCGCCUUAUGGAUGUGGUUGUCAGCACCACCCUGGCCAAAGGCCACCCCAUCAUUGUCGAGAAGUUGGGGGAGCAUCCAAUGGCCGUAGCUGCCUUGUAUUCAUUUUUGCUCGAUCGACACCAGGCUUCCGACGUUGACGGUGCUUUGACCGUCAAUAUACUCAAGUUGCUUUCCCACUUUCUGACAAUGGAUGAGGACGUGCUUCAGAAAACGAAUGUUGCCAAGUUGUUGCCCAGGUUCGUCAAGAAAGGCGGACAAGCAGUCAAAGACCUGGCUCAAAGAAUCUUGGAUAAUGCUGCUGCGUCUACUAAACGAAAGCUCGAGGCUGCGAAAUCGGGGCCCAAAGAAGGGUCGCCUACCAAGGCUUCUGUGGCUGAUUCAGCCGCCGCCGAUGGGCGCAGCGAAGUGGCAGGAUCCAAGAGGGUCCGCGAAGGUGAAGGAAACGGACAGCCCGCAACUAAGCGGAUGGUCGUCACCUCGAACCCUAAGGCGGCUGCGAAGCCCGGCAAUCCCGGAGCCCCUGCCAUUGCCGUUGCCAAGCGGCCGCAGGAGGGAGGACAGGAAAACAAACCUGCUCCAGCCAGUGCUGCUCGCCCCAAGGCAAACAUCAUUGCUCCAAAACCCACAAGCCUUUUUGGAAGUCUGAGUUCCGCCUCGAAAAGACCGGGAACAUCGAACGCUGAAAGGGCUGCUGCCGCUGCCGCUGCGGCGAAAUCAAGUACCCCCGCCGAGAAGAAGGAAGCCCCCCCCAGGCCUACCUUUUCUUUUGGCGAUUUGAUGGCAGAUCUGAACAAGCAGAAGGAACCCGCCCCUGCACAGCCUGCGGAGGACCGGCCCCCCGAAACGGAAGAAGAACGGAAGAAGAGGCUGCGCAAAGAGGCACGACGAAAGUUGCGCGUCACCUGGAAGCCGGAUGCGCUUCUCACCGAGGUUCGCCUGUUCACGCACGAUCCCGAAGAAGAACUCGGGCCCGGCGAUCACUUGCAACGAGAGGCAGGGGAUGUCAAGGGCGAGGGCAGUGUUCUCAAGCUUCAUAGAGACCUCGACGAGCUCGAGGAGGAUGAUGACGGUGGCCUCCGUGAAGAGCAAUUGCUUGAAUAUUAUGAGCCAUCCGAAAUUGACAACGGAGAAAUCACUCCCGACGAUCGCGCUAGAAACUACAUCAAGCGUGGUGGCACCCAAGAGCCGGAAAGCCCCGAGAAGAAAGCCCAAGAACAUCGCGAAGCGACGACGCUUAUGGUUUUCUAUACCUCGCCUGCAGACGUACCAUCGACGCCCAAGGAACCUCCUCCCCCGGAUGCGGAAGAGCCUGCGCCCGAAGUGGCGUCUUUUGGAGAGCUACCGGAUCAUGUCAAGGCCCGACAAGAGCGAUACUUUGCCAUGGUCAAUCCUCAGCCAACACCCGCUCCUCAGAGUGCACCGAACAACCAGUUUGAUAUCACGAACCUGCUUAAGAUUAUCCAAAAUGCGCCUCAGCAGCAAUCAACCCCACCGCCUCCUCCACCCCAAGUUGCACCAGCACCCAUGUCUGACCUUGAGCGGACAUUCAGCAUGUUCCGCCAGCAGCAGCAGCAGCAACCGCAGCAACAGCCGCCGCCUCAGGCACCACUGGUGCAAAUGCCCGGGUUUCCCACUGCGUCCCAGCCGCCGGCUAGCCAGGGUCUUGAUUUCCAAGCAAUUCUGUCGAUCAUGAAUGCGCAAAAACAAAUGCAGCCCGCACCCAUCAUGCCCCAGGUCCAGCCAUCACAGCCUAGCAUUGCUCCUAAUCUGGCCGCCAUCAUCUCCCAACUUGCUGGACAAAACCAGCCCAGCACUGGCAAUGGAUCUGCGGCAUCUGGCCACUACGAGGAUCCCGAGCGCAAGCGCAUGCGCGAAAGCGGCGGAUUUGACGGGGCCGACGAUGAGAGGUUCAAUCCUGCCAAGCGGACCCGGUCAAACGAACCGACCAAGAAGCACCCCAAAGCCGGAUUGGUGCCUUGUCGGUACUGGCGCGAAGGCAAAUGCCGCAAAGGCGACGAGUGCACGUUUCGCCAUGAUCCUCUAAACUAA